ACAAUGGUGGAAACGAUUAUCCAAAAUCUGGAAUCCCAUUUGGCAAAUCUUCAAUCUAUAGAAAGCAAAGGCAUUGGAGCUUCAAUCUAUAGAAUACCAGAGCAUAUAAUGAAUGUUAAUCCAAACGCAUUUAAACCGAAGCUGGUAUCGUUCGGGCCAUAUCACCAUGGGGAGCUGCAUUUGAUGCCCAUGGAGAAGAAGAAACAUGAAGCACUUUGGUACUUUAAAAAGAGCUGCAGAGGAUUGACCACUGAAAAGAUUGUGAGUGGGCUGUGGAACAUGUUGGGAGAUCUGCAAGGAUCAUACGAUAAACUUGAUGAUAAAUGGAAAAAAGAACCACUCAAAUUUUUGGAGCUCAUGAUCUUGGAUGGUUGUUUAAUAAUGCAUAUCUUUUUGGAAGAUAAAUAUUUACUGAAAUUUAACAAUGUGGAUGUACAGCGAGAUAUGUUGCUGCUUGAGAAUCAAUUGCCCAUGAUGCUUCUUGACAAGCUGUAUUCCAUCUUAAAGCCAGGAAAGAACAAAUUUGUGAUGCAUCCACUUAAUGUCAAAUCGCUUGUUUGGGAAUCCGAUAGCGUCGGCACCGGUGCAAUGGAGAAAGACUACUUGCACCUUCUGGAUAUGUAUAGGUGGGAAUUGAAUAUUAACGUAUUGCCUAGAUGGAGUAAACUUCAAGUCAGCCACUUGGGAACGAGUCAUGAGAUUCGGCUAGCCACUCGCUUCCAUAAAGCUGGGAUCAAACUUGAGAAAGGGUGGAACCUUAGGGCCGUGAGUUUUGAUGAAAACAAAGGUAUAUUGAGCCUCCCGUUCAUCGAAAUGAAUGCUAACAUUGAAUCAGGCUUAUUGAACGCGAUGGCAUUUGAGAAGCUUUCUGGGAUUGAUAACAUAGUAGGCUCUUUCGUCGUCUUGAUGGGUAAUCUACUGAAGAAAGGUGAGGUAGAUUCAUUCAACCAGCUGGCCAAAGGCGAGGUUUUGAGCUUUUUGGACUACUAUUCCGUCUACCGUUUAGUGAAUGAGCAUUGUAAAAGGCCAUGGAGAAUAUGGUGGACGACUCUCAAAGAUGUCAACUUUCAAAAUCCGUGGACCAUUAUCUCUACUCUUUCUGCUUCGAUCGGUUUUGUGCUCCUUAUUCUCCAAACCGUAUACGGAAUGUAUGGCUACUACCUCCCACGUCGAUCUUGAUCUAACACCACUCAUAUGCUUUGGUUUCAACCCAGUUUUAAUUAUUUUGUUUUCUUAUCGUAUUAUUUGUGUGUUUGUGUGGCAAUAUCCUAUCUCUUACGUUAUCUUCAUGAUCUUGAGCUUCAAAAAUUUAUC